AUGUUGCCAGGUGAAGAAAUCACCUCGCUGGCAAUGCAAGCUGUGUGGAGAAAAGCAGUCUUUGAAGAAGGUGCAGUCCUCCAUAGGCCUAACAUGUUUUAUGAGGGGAGUGGGAAGGACUGUCGACUGCAGGUUCAGCACCUGAACUAUCAGCAGGGUGAACGAAAAGGAUCAGCUGGUUCUGUAGCCCUUCUUGCUGUUGAUGACAUUCAGAGUGUCCACAUGGCUUCAACAGGAGUGGAUCUGGGAAAUGUACAACAAACCCAGAGCAAAUGGGCCACAUACACUGAUAACAUGUAUCAGGAUGGUGAAUGGCAUCAGGAACACAAUUCACAAGAAUCAAGCAAUGAGCAAGAGAGCAAGAGACAGAAACCAGAGGCCGUGAAGGUCAUUCCUAACCAUGGGAAUGCAUCAUCCAAGUGGGGCAAUGUCUGGCACUUCCUUCAUAUGAAGAAGCUUCUUCAGCUGACAACCUACACUGUCCUGCUUACCCAGAAAAAGGAACCUCCAACCCUGGAUAAGGAUACAAGAAUUGUUUAG